AUGGCCGCAGCCAACGCAAUCUCCACCGCCUCCGUACUCCGGUACUCUGGACAGGUUCUGCUCCCCCUUUCUUUCUCUCUCACUGCAAUCCUUUCACCGAUCUUUGCUCUUGUGCUGUAUUUGCGUGAUCUGCUUGCAUCAGGAGAGCUCGAGGAGGGUGAGACAGGGGCAGAGGCCCGGCGGCGGGCCGGCCGCGGCGCGCAGGUUCGUCGUCCGAGCUUCUAUUAAGGAUAUCGCCUUCGACCAGAAGUCCAGAAGCGCCCUACAGGCCGGCGUCGAGAAGCUCGCAGAUGCCGUCGGAGUCACCCUCGGUCCACGAGGUAGGUGGAUUCCUCCUCGUUUACCUCAUUAAAGAGAAACAUCGAGGAAAUCGGAAAUUAAUAUACGUUCUUCUCCGUUCUUCGCUGCUUUAGGUUUUUCAAUUGGCACCUUCCUGUGAUUUCUCUCCAGUUUUUCUCUCCUAUUCGAGGCCUGGAUGUGGAUUUUAUUGACUUCUUUGUUGAUUUGAAUGUCGUCGAUUCGGUGAAAUCUUUCUGACUCUGUGAGGUCCAGGAUGAGACUGAUCGGUUCCAUCUCUCUCCCUGAAGGGAGGAAUGUGGUUCUCGACGAAUUUGGAACCCCCAAGGUCGUCAACGACGGAGUCACGAUCGCCAGGGCGAUCGAGCUUGCCGAUCCCAUGGAGAACGCCGGCGCGGCCUUGAUCAGGGAGGUAAGAUCGAUUGCUUACUCCCCUGGUGAUGGCCAUUUUCAUCCGUUAGGUCUGAGUAUCGCCGGCUCGAACGCGUCCGUGGAUAACGAAUGAAGCCCUCCGCUGUCCCCGGUGCAGGUCGCCAGCAAAACCAACGACUCUGCCGGCGAUGGGACUACCACCGCCUCCGUUCUCGCGAGGGAAAUCAUCAAGCUAGGACUACUGAGUGUCACUUCUGGCGCGAACCCCGUCGCCAUCAAGAAGGGGAUCGACAAGACCGUCGCUGCCCUUGUGCAGGAGCUCGAGAACAAAUCUCGGCCCGUCAAGGGGCGGGGCGAUAUAAAAGGUGCGUUCCCGUGAAUCCUCGCCUGCUGUUAAAAUCAUCCUGGUUCCAUUUCCAGUGAUUGUUCUCUAGUCGACUGUGUGUGUGAAAUCAUCGAACUAGGAUCUUCCUCCCCUCGAUCCUAGUUCGAUGAUUUCAUUUCUGCUUCGAGGCCCCCCAUUGAAGAAGGAUGAACAUAUUAAGGCGGCAUCUCUCUGUUUGCAGCUGUGGCCACUAUUUCAGCGGGCAACGACGAACUGAUCGGCACCAUGAUUGCCGAUGCGAUCGAUAAGGUCGGCCCGGACGGGGUCCUCUCCAUCGAGUCUUCAUCUUCCUUCGAGACGACCAUCGACGUAGAAGAAGGGAUGGAGGUGGGACUGCCUCCGACCAUCCAUCCAUCCGGUCAAAAGCCCAUCCUUCUGCCUCGCCGUUGAUAUUUUCUUCUCGCCGUUGAACCCUCGCAGAUCGAUCGAGGCUAUGCGUCCCCCCAGUUCGUGACUAACCCGGAGAAGCAGACCGUCGAGUUUGAGAACGUCAGAGUCCUGGUGACGGACCACAAGAUCUCCACCAUAAAGGAGAUGAUCCCGCUCCUGGAGAAGACCACCCAGCUGAGGGCUCCUCUUCUCAUCAUCGCCGAAGAUGUCACCGGCGAGGCUCUGGCCACCCUCGUCGUGAACAAGCUUCGAGGAAUCCUCAAUGUCGCCGCGAUCAAAGCCCCCGGUUUUGGUGAGAGAAGGAAGGCCCUGCUCCAGGACAUCGCCAUCGUCACUGGUAGGUCGCCGAUUUCCCCUAAAAAAAAAGUGGGGGAAGAUCUCCCCCUUUCCUUCCCUCCCACUACGAGUUCCUGAUGCUUUUUCCUUUCAUUCUCUCCUGAUGUUUUCAGGGGCCGAGUUCUUGGCGAAGGAUCUUGGCCUUCUGGUGGAGAAGGCCACCGUGGAGCAGCUGGGGACGGCGAGGAAGAUAACCAUCUCACAGACCUCCACCACCAUCAUCGCGGACGCGGCGACCAAGGACGAGAUCCAGUCGAGGAUCGCCCAGAUUAAGAAGGAGCUCGCGGAGACGGACUCGGUCUACGAUUCGGAGAAGCUCGCCGAGAGGAUCGCCAAGCUCUCCGGCGGCGUCGCUGUCAUCAAGGUCGGAGCAGCCACUGAGGCCGAGCUGGAGGACCGGAAGCUGAGGAUCGAGGACGCCAAGAACGCCACCUUCGCUGCCAUAGAGGAAGGCAUCGUCCCCGGCGGCGGCGCCGCCUUCGUCCACCUCUCCACCUGCGUUCCCGCGAUCAGGGAGACGAUCGACGACCCGGAAGAGCGGCUGGGCGCCGACAUCAUCCAGAAGGUGACUCCGAGUGAUCAUUCUUACUAGUUACUUCACCUCACCGAGAGAUCUCUCUGACGCCCUUUCUCUCUCCGCAGGCUCUGGUGGCGCCGGCGUCGCUGAUCGCGCAGAACGCGGGGGUGGAGGGGGAGGUGGUGGUGGAGAAGGUCAGGGAGAGCGAGUGGGAGAUGGGAUACAACGCAAUGACGGACCAGUACGAGAACCUGGUGGAGACGGGGGUCAUCGACCCGGCCAAGGUGACCAGGUGCGCCCUCCAGAACGCCGCCUCCGUCGCCGGCAUGGUGCUCACCACGCAGGCCAUCGUCGUCGAGAAGCCCAAGCGCAGGACUCCCGUGGCGGCGCCGUCAGCCGGCACCCUUUCCGUCUGA